AUGCAGGGAACCAGGCUGCCUAUUUGCUGCCCCUGCUCAUUCUGCUCCUGUGAACCGGCCGAGGCUGAGAAGGAAAAGGUCCGCCGGGGCCACCCUACUGUGCACAGUGAGACCAAGUACGUGGAGCUGAUCGUGGUCAACGACCACCAGCUGUUUGAGCAGAUGCGCCAGUCGGUGGUCCUCACCAGCAACUUUGCCAAGUCCGUUGUGAACCUGGCAGAUGUGAUGUACAAGGAGCAGCUCAAUACCCGCAUCGUGCUGGUUGCCAUGGAAACGUGGGCCGACGGGGACAAGAUCCAGGUGCAGGAUGACCUCUUGGAGACCUUAGCUCGGCUCAUGGUCUAUCGGCGGGAGGGCCUGCCUGAGCCCAGUGAUGCCACCCAUCUCUUCUCGGGCAGAACUUUCCAGAGCACCAGUAGUGGGGCCGCCUACGUGGGGGGCAUCUGCUCGCUAUCCAGGGGUGGGGGUGUGAAUGAGUAUGACAACAUGGGGGCCAUGGCAGUGACCCUGGCCCAAACGCUGGGACAGAACCUGGGCAUGAUGUGGAAUAAACACCGGAGCUCAGCAGGGGACUGCAAAUGCCCGGACAACUGGCUGGGCUGCAUCAUGGAGGACACUGGAUUCUACCUGCCCCGCAAGUUCUCGCGCUGCAGCAUCGACGAAUACAACCAGUUUCUGCAGGAAGGAGGCGGGAGCUGUCUCUUCAACAAGCCUCUCAAGCUCCUGGACCCGCCUGAGUGUGGAAACGGCUUCGUGGAGGCGGGAGAGGAGUGCGACUGUGGCUCGGUGCAGGAGUGCAGCCGUGCGGGCGGGAAUUGCUGCAAGAAAUGCACCCUGACUCACGACGCCAUGUGCAGCGACGGGCUCUGCUGUCGCCGCUGCAAGUACGAGCCGCGGGGUGUGUCCUGUCGAGAGGCGGUGAACGAGUGCGACAUCGCGGAGACCUGCACCGGGGACUCGAGCCAGUGUCCCCCUAACCUGCACAAGCUGGAUGGUUACUACUGUGAUCACGAACAGGGCCGCUGCUAUGGAGGUCGCUGCAAAACCCGGGACCGGCAGUGCCAAGCCCUUUGGGGCCACGGGGCUGCUGAUCGCUUCUGCUAUGAGAAGCUGAACGUGGAGGGGACAGAGCGUGGGAACUGUGGACGCAAGGGGUCAGGCUGGGUCCAGUGCAAUAAACAGGACGUGCUCUGUGGCUUCCUCCUCUGUGUGAACAUCUCUGGAACUCCUCGACUGGGAGAUCUAGGGGGGGACAUCAACAGUGUCACCUUCUACCACCAGGGCAAGGAGCUGGACUGCAGGGGUGGCCACGUCCAGCUGGCUGACGGCUCCGACCUGAGUUACGUGGAGGAUGGCACAGCCUGUGGGCCCAACAUGCUGUGCCUGGAUCAUCGCUGCCUGCCUGCCUCUGCCUUCAACUUCAGCACUUGCCCCGGCAGCGGGGAACGCCGGAUCUGCUCCCACCACGGAGUCUGCAGCAACGAAGGGAAGUGCAUCUGUCAGCCCGACUGGACAGGAAAAGACUGCAGCAUUCACAACCCCCUGCCCACGUCUCCACCCACAGGGGAGACGGAGAGAUAUAAGGGUCCCAGCGGUACCAACAUCAUCAUCGGCUCCAUCGCGGGGGCUGUCCUGGUUGCAGCCAUCGUCCUGGGCGGCACGGGCUGGGGAUUUAAAAACAUCCGCCGGGGAAGGUACGACCCGACCCAGCAGGGGGCAGUGUGACGCCGGCCACGUCAUCCCUCCCGCUGUGCCUGUCUCCUCCAUCUCAUUCGUCACCUCACAUUCUGUCGAUGGGGGA